AUUGAUGAGCAAGCAAAGGGGAAAAAAAUCAGCGCCGCUAGGCUGCAUGCGUAGGUUAGCGACGAGCGCGAAUAUAAUUCAACCCACACGUCCAUAAAUUCUCUCCUUUUUCCGGAUAUGGAAUUUUGAAAUUCCUCAUAGAAUUCCCUGGCGUUUUUCUAUUUAAAUUCCAGGGUUUUUAUUUGAUUUGAUUACACCACUUGCUAUGGAAGUUGAAAACGAUAUUGAUGGAGUGCGAUAAUUCGAUUGUAAAGAACGUUAAACACGAAGAGCCUACUAGUGAAGUUGGCACAUCUGGAUCUCUAAACUCAGAUAUGUUAUACCAUGAUGAUGAUGAUGAUGAUGAUGAUGAUGAUGAUGAGAUGAUGGAUAAUUGGGAUGAUGUAGAUGAUGAUUUUGAUUUAGAUUAUGAGGGGGAUUAUAUGUUUGAGAUUCUUGAGUCAGACGACGAGUCUCAUUACUUGAGCAUUCAAUCCCGAUUUGAUAAUAUCAAUUUGCCUCCGGGGGUAGAAGCGUCUUUUUUCUGGUUAAACAACCUUCCAACCUCAAAUCAACUCCUAAAAUUCCUGUUUUACCCUUGAAGGACACUGAUUCUAGCAGUUUACCGGACCCUCCAAACAUAAAUUCGACUACCUCAGAAAAGUAAGAUCCAACCGAAGAAGCAAAAAAAAUGUUUAAACAGUUAAAACUUGUUCGAUAAGUUUAAAUGGUUUGAUAUUGUUGAUGAUUCUUUCGAUCAUCACUUCAAUAGUGUUGGUUUUCAAGAGCAACAGCAUUUUGAAGAGCGUGUUGUUGGGCAUUUUCGAAGUCUGUGCACAUACACUUUUGUCAACAUAUAGGGCUUAUAUGGAAGGUGUUGAAGUGGGCGAUUCUAUUUCUAUGAUUAAUAGUGCGAAAAGUAGCUCAAGUCAGUUUAAGUAAGCUGUUGGUCAAAUGGUCAACAGUUUGGUAUCAAAUUUCAGUAGAUGUGGUGCAACCAACUAUGCCCACUUUCAUGUCCAAAACUAACGCCUUUUUUUUUUUUUGAGGUGAAUUACAGUAGUGCUUUUUGAUUGUGUCCUAAGUAGCAAUUUAUGUUGUUUUUUUGUACAUAUACAAAUAAGAUGCAAAACAAC